AUGCAGAAGUUAAACUCCUCUGAUGAGAUCAGCAUUCUGGAACACGAUUUGGAUGAAUUGAAGAACUCGAAUAUCGUCGUAGAUGACUACUACAAUACUUCAACUAUACUUAGAACUAGGCUUGAAAGACUCUUGAAGGAAAGAGAGUUAAGGAGAUCAUUGAAGUCUUACAAUGAUGAUGUUCAUAGUAAUGGAGCUAUAGAUGGUAAUAUUGAGGAUGGCCGGACAAUUUCAUCCAAAACUGAAAUUUUGCCUACCGAAGAGGAGUUGGUGAAUGGAGUUGCUCCAAAUGAAGCGGUUAGAAAUGGAUGUGAGAGACACGAUAGACGCCAUUCGAGACAACGGUUAUUGGUAGUAGCCAAUCGUCUUCCUGUAUCUGCCAUUAGAAAGGGUGAGGCAUGUUGGCAACUUGAAGUUAGUGUUGGUGGCUUAGUUAGCGCACUUUUGGGUAUAACGGAAUUCGAAACAAGAUGGGUUGGAUGGGCUGGCGUAAAUGUACCUGAUGAAAUUGGACGGAAAUCUCUCACUGAAUCUUUAGCCGCGAAGAGAUGCAUUCCUGUUUUUCUUGACGAAGAUCUUGUUCAUCUGUAUUACAAUGGAUACUGCAACAAUAUCCUAUGGCCACUCUUUCAUUACCUCGGGCUUCCUCAUGAGGAUUGGCUGGCGACCAUUUGUAGCUUCCAAUCCCAAUUCGAUGCCUACAAAAAGGCCAAUCAGAUGUUUGCAGAUGUAGUAAAAGAGCAUUAUCAGGAAGGCGAUAUCGUUUGGUGUCACGAUUACCAUCUUAUGUUUCUACCUAAAUGUCUAAAAGAACAAAACUCUAAUAUUAAAGUCGGCUGGUUUCUGCACACUCCAUUCCCAUCUUCGGAGAUCCAUAGAACAAUGCCAUCAAGAUCGGAGCUGCUAACAGCUGUUCUUGCAGCUGAUCUAGUUGGGUUUCACACUUAUGAUUAUGCAAGACACUUUGUGAGUGCUUGCACUCGAAUUCUUGGGCUUGAGGGUACCCCGGAUGGAGUUGAAGAUCAAGGGAGACUUACUCGUGUAGCUGCGUUUCCUAUUGGGAUAGAUUCUGAUAGAUUCUUAAGAGCCAUUCAGCUCCCUCAAGUCAAGAAUUACAUAAAAGAAUUCGAGGAGAGAUUUGGUGGCCGAAAAGUAAUGCUAGGAGUCGAUCGGCUUGAUAUGAUCAAGGGAAUUCCACAAAAACUAUUGGCAUUCGAAAAGUUUCUUGAAGAAAAUCCAAAUUGGCAUGAUAAAGUAGUCUUGCUGCAGAUUGCUGUGCCAACAAGGACGGACGUCCCUGAGUAUCAAAAGCUUACAUGUCAAGUUCAUGAAAUCGUUGGACGGAUUAAUGGAAGAUUUGGAACGCUUACAACCGUCCCAAUUCAUCAUUUGGAUCGAUCUCUUGAUUUUCAUGCCUUAUGCGCACUAUAUGCCAUAACUGAUGUGGCACUCGUUACAUCUCUACGGGAUGGAAUGAAUCUUGUGAGCUAUGAAUUUGUGGCCUGCCAAGCUUCAAAGAAAGGCGUUCUAAUUCUAAGCGAGUUUGCAGGAGCGGCACAGUCUCUCGGUGCAGGGGCAAUUUUGGUAAAUCCAUGGAACGUCACCGAAGUGGCGGCUUCUAUUGCUUACGCUCUAAACAUGCCGUCGGACGAGAGAAACAAACGACAUAACCAUAACUUCAUGCAUGUCACUACUCAUACAUCGCAAGCUUGGGCCGAAACUUUUGUUAGUGAACUUAACGAUACGGUUGUGGAAGCUCAACUGCGAACCACACAGAUUCCUCCCGUUCUUCAAACCGAACAUGCCCGUGACCGUUAUCUGCGUUCCAAUAACCGUUUGCUCAUACUGGGAUUCAACGCAACAUUAACCGAACCAGUGAAUUCUUCCAACAAAAGGGUUGAUCAGUUCAAAGAUAUGGAACUCAAACUGCAUCCUGACUUAGAAGAACCUUUAAAGAGACUCUGUAACGAUCCGAAAACAACAGUUGUGGUGCUUAGCGGAAGCCACCGUUCGGUUCUCGAUAAGAACUUCGGUGACUACAAUAUAUGGCUUGCAGCCGAACACGGUGUGUUUGUAAGAACCGCUAACAAGAAAUGGAUACAGAACUUGCCAGAAAAUAUACAUAUGGAUUGGGUCGAAAGUGUGAAGCAUGUCUUUGAGUACUUUACUGAGCGGACUCCACGGUCUUACUUUGAGCUUCGUGAGACAUCACUCGUUUGGAAUUAUAAGUAUGCAGAUAUCGAGUUUGGAAGGCUUCAAGCAAAGGAUAUGUUGCAGCAUUUGUGCACUGGCCCGAUAUCAAAUGCUUCGGUUGAAGUUGUCCAAGGUGGAAGGUCCGUGGAGGUUCGAGCCAAUGGGGUCUCCAAGGGCGCGGCCAUAAGUGGCAUUUUAGGACAGAUUAUACACGAUAAAGAUAUGAAGACUCCAAUUGAUUACGUGCUGUGUGUCGGCCAUUUCCUUCCAAAGGACGAAGAUAUUUGCACGUUUUUUGAGCCGGAGCUUCCCUCUGCGGCAACACCGACUCAAUCAAGCAUUGGGAGUCCCAACAAUGGCUUUUCUUCAAAUCAUACCGAAGAAAGAACCCGGUCAGAGAAGCAUUCCAUUUCAACUAGCUCAGAUAGCGACAACGGGUGGACCAUCACCGACAAUGCGACCAUGGACGCAUCCAACAAGGGUUCAUCGGUGCUCGAUCUCCAGGGCGACAACUACUUCUCGUGUGCGGUUGGGAGGAAGCAGUCGACCGCCAGGUAUUCCUUGGGUUCAUCAACCGACGUCGUCGCUCUGUUGAAAAAGCUGGCGGCAGACUGA